AAAAUAUUGCCCCUUUAUAUUCUUCGGUAAGGUUUUCGCCAUUAGGGUUUCUUUUCGGGAGUUCAGUCGCAGGCAGGCAGGCAGUUGGUGAAGAUGGCCCCUGCGCAGGCUAAAUCGGGGUUUUUUGUUGGGUUAAACAGAGGUCAUGUUACAACAAAGCGAGAAUUGGCUCGUCGCCCGUCGGAUAGAAAAGGGAAAACCAGCAAAAGGACUCUGUUUGUCAGGAAUCUGAUUAGGGAGGUUGCUGGUUUUGCUCCCUAUGAGAAGAGGAUAACUGAGCUUCUUAAGGUCGGAAAGGACAAACGUGCUCUGAAAGUAGCAAAGAGAAAGUUGGGCACCCACAAGAGGGCCAAGAAGAAGCGUGAGGAAAUGUCCAGUGUUCUCCGCAAGAUGAGGUCUGCCGGUGGUGGUGACAAGAAAAAAUGAAGGAAAUACUGAGAGGGUUCUCAUUCAAGCAAAAAUCGGUCAUAUGCAUUUUUCAGUAUUUUUUUCCUCAGAUUUGUUUAGGAUACCCGUAGUAUUUUGGAUAACUUUCCUGGACGCAUCUUUGUGCUCUAAGUGGCAUUGAAUGGAAUUUUCAUGUUUGAGAUUUUGGAGA